AUGUUGGACUGUCAUCCUUCUUCGGUUCCCAUGAUUCCUAAUCUCAAACUUUCCAAGACAAAGGGUGAGCUUCUUGAUACCCCUGAACGCUAUCGAAGACUGGUUGGCCGAUUGAUGUAUUUGACCAUCACACAUCCUGACAUUACGUUUGCUGUUAACAAGCUUUGCCAGUAUUCCUCUGCUCCGCACUUACCUCAUCUUCGUGCGGUAUACAAAGUUCUUGACUACAUUAAAGGAACUGUUGGUCAUGGAUUGUUUUACUCCGCUGAAGAGGACCUUACAUUAAAGGGAUUUGCGGAUGCAGAUUGGGCAUCUUGUCAAGACAGUAGAUGUUCAACGAUUGGUUUUACCAUGUUCAUUGGUUCUUCCUUGAUAUCAUGGAGAUCUAAGAAGAAACCAACAAUCUCACGCUCUUCCGCAGAGGCUGAAUACAGAGCUUUGGCUCUCGCUACUUGUGAGAUGAUGUGGUUAUGUCAGUUACUUCGUGACUUACGCAUCUAUCGUCUACCUAUCCCGGUGCUCUAUUCGGAUAGUACAUCUGCUAUAUACAUUGCCACUAAUCAUGUCUUUUCCAAACAGACUAAACACAUUGAACUUGAUUGCCAUACAGUCUAG